GACAACAUCCUGUUGUUCGGGCGCUCCUCUCUCUUUUUCUGCACAUCUGGCUGAACUGGGACUCAGGUGGCUGACUUGGGGCCCGGUUGCCGCAGCAGGGGCAUCUGACUUCCACCGGCCCACGCCUCAGCGGCCCACGAGUCCACCAGGCCAUGGACGCGGUGGCUGUGUACCACGGCAAAAUCAGCCGGGAGACGGGCGAGAAGCUUCUGCUGGCCACGGGGCUGGAUGGCAGCUAUUUGCUGAGAGACAGCGAGAGCGUCCCGGGCGUGUACUGCCUGUGUGUGCUGUAUCAAGGUUACAUUUAUACAUACCGAGUGUCCCAGACAGAAACAGGUUCUUGGAGUGCUGAGACAGCACCUGGGGUUCAUAAAAGAUUUUUCCGGAAAAUAAAAAAUCUCAUUUCAGCAUUUCAGAAGCCAGAUCAAGGUAUUGUAAUACCUCUGCAGUAUCCAGUUGAGAAGAAAUGCUCAGUUAGAAGUGCACAAGGUACUACAGGGAGAAGAGAAGAUCCUGAUGUGUUCCUGAAAGCACCAUGA